UCGGCUUUUAAGCUUUGAUCACGGAGAAUUUUAAGAAGCGGAUGCAGACCAGCCGAGAGUCUUUCUUGUCACGAGGUCGAGUUCAUGUGUGGGACCGUCAGCGAUCAAAUGUUAGAUAUGUCAGCUUUAGGUUGCAACAGCAGUGUGUGAAAGGAGAUACAAAGAUGUUGUUCCCGUUGAUGAAAAAAAAGAAAUUUCAGAAUUACAGAAAAAAAAAUCAAAGUAAAAAACCUGAUAAUUUCUUCUUUAUUAGAAGACUCUUUUCCAAAUAUACUAUUUGAAAGAAAUUAAACAGGUUGCCCUAAAAUGUGGACUUCCUUGUUCACUGUGGUAUACAUUGAAAUGGUUGCUGGAGUUGAGUGGUUACACCAAAGAGUGAGGAUUUGAGCUCUUGUUUUGAAGUUUGCAGUCACAAGGUUGUGUGUCAUCAGUUUCAACAUUGGUGGUGAUGGUGUUGGGCAUACAGACUUCCUGUCACCACUAUUACAAUUGUUGGUCACGCUGAGCCUAUUUCAACAGGUUUACUGGGUACAAUCUGAGGGGACCCAGCAUGGACAGAUUAUCCUAUAACACAGACUCAGCUACCAGGUCAUGCAAAUUGUAUACACUGCACAUACCCUCCCUAAGCAAAGACUUUGGUUGCACAAUAACACAGGGAUUUAAAGUCACCACUAAGGAUGGAAAAGUCAGAAAAUGAAUAGAAGGAGACACAAAAGCAUAAAGCUCAACAGUUUUCAUCUUGUUUUCAAUGUCAGGCUGUAAUUGUAGUUUUUAAUGCCCUAAAGUUGGGCAUUUUGACAUUGGAGUCUUUGGAUUUGACUUGCUUAUGGUGAGUAGCUACGUGAGGAACUACCAUUCUGGCAGGUCUGUCUUGGCUUCAUUUUCAGCCUGGAGUUUGCCACUUGGCAUAUUCCUGCUAUUUCUGGUCAUUCAAUAAAUAAACGUAUAUGUUAUGCUUGAGGAAAUGAAAAGCAAAAACAAAUGGCUAAAAUGCUUUUAUUACCAUGGUCAUCAUUUUUUCCUUUUUCCUGGGUAGCUUAACCCUGUUAGCAUCCACUAAUAUGUGGUUAAAUAUCUCAUACCAAGUUUUAACUUUUGAUAGCCAUCAACAAGCUUCUGGUAUAAUUCUGGCUGAAUAUUUAACCACUCUUCUUGACAGAAUUCAUUUAAAUUUGUUGGCUUCCUGCCACAGAACUGGCUUUUAAGCAUAGUUUUAAGUAUAGGACUUUGAGAAGACAAUUUCAGCAGCUCAAUAUUAACCUCCUUUGUCCAUGGUAAAAUCAGCUUUGAUGUAUGUUUUGGAUCAUUUUCCUGUUGGAACACCCAGCUGUGUCUAAGUUUAUACUGUCAGAAGCCCUCGGACAGUCAGACCCUUUCAACCAGUCCGAAGAUGUUAAUUGUAAACUGAAAGGAGCUUAAACAGCUUGUUUCAGAAAGUGGACAAACUGUAAGAUAUAUAAGGAUUAUUUUGAACUUUGAAUCAUGCAAAACUGCUCUCGUAGAAAAACAGUGUAGUCCUUGAAAUGUGUAAUGUGUAUUAGAUGACAGAGCGUGCAAUUUGAUUGUUUUUAGGCAGGGUAGGUGCAAGAAUCUUGGAAUUAAAAUAGUCAGCAGUUACUGAUAUUUUUGCAGGAGGAACAGUGACAUGGCUACAGAUGACAAGUCCUCGUCCUCAUCCUCAACGGACUGGAGCGUGGAGCCAGCUGGCAUCUCACCCACCAGCCCCUCCCACCUGACUCACUUCAAGCCACUGACUCCAGAGCAGGAUGAACCUCCCCUCCGCUCUGCAUACAGCUCCUUUGUCAACCUGUUUCGGUUUAACAACAAAGAUGAGGGACGCCCUCCUUCAACAGCCUCAGAGAAGCCAGACAUUCCAGCCCCUUCUCCUCAAUCAGAGAGGAGAAGCUGGUCCACCAGUCCCUCUCACUCGAGGACGCAUCGAAAGCAACAUCCCGACCACUACAGACGCACCUCAACAGCCUCAGUGGAUUGGCCAGAGGGAAGCGGGAAAUCUGUUGCAUCUCUAAGUAAUCAUGACCCUCGUACUGCUGUGCAACUUCGCACUGCACUGAAGCGGCUGAAGGAGAUCAUGGAGGGAAAGAGCCAGGACAGCGAUCUGAAGCAGUACUGGAUGCCAGAUAGCCAGUGUAAGGAGUGCUAUGACUGCAACGAGAAGUUUACCACCUUUCGCCGCAGACAUCACUGCAGGCUGUGUGGGCAGAUCUUCUGCAGCCGCUGCUGCAACCAGGAAAUUCCCGGAAAGUUCAUGGGCUACACAGGAGACCUGCGGGCGUGUACAUACUGCCGUAAAUUAGCAUUAAACUACGCUCACUCAGCUGACUCGGGCUCCAUCGGCGAGGAUCUGAGCGCCUUGUCUGACUCUCCCUCCUCUGUGUGUGUGCUGGAGCCCAGUGAACCACGGACGCCAUUGGGUGGGCGCAAGUCCAGCAGGAACAUCUUCCUUGAGGAGGACCUGACCUGGCAGAGAAAAACUCCUAUUGGGAUGAGAAAGACUAUGAUUCACCAGGAGCCUCAGAACAGCGGCCUCACUUCAAGGCUGACCACACUCCAGGAAGACGUAGGAAAAUCACCUGUGAGGAAGAGAUCUGCCAGUGUGACCACCAUGACGCUGGAUCGCUCUGUAUCCUCUAUGGUGCCUUCCUACGACAGCUCAGUCAGCCCGCCAACCAGUCGAUCCAUGUCGGGGACCAAGAGCGGCACCAAGCUGGACCACAGUGAGGAGGAGCGAAAGAUCCUGCUGGAUUCCUCUCAGCUGAAGGAUCUGUGGAAGAAAAUCUGCCACAAUAGCACAGGAAUGGAGUUUCAGGACCACAGAUACUGGCUCAGGACUUACCCAAACUGCAUUGUGGGAAAGGAGCUUGUCAACUGGCUGCUGAGAAAUGGAACCAUCUCCACCAGGGCACAGGCUAUUGCAAUAGGCCAGGCAUUAGUAGACGGUCGCUGGAUCGACUGCGUCACACACCACGACCAGCUGUUCAGGGACGAGUAUGCACUCUACCGACCUCUUCAGAGCACAGAGUUCUCAGAAACCCCAUCUCCAGACAGCGAUAGUGUCAACUCACUGGAGGGACAUUCAGAGCCAUCUUGGUUUAAAGACAUCAAGUUUGAUGACAGCGACACAGAGCAGCUUGCAGAUGAGACUGAGUACGCCAUGCCCAACUCUGCCAGCCCCAGCAAGAGGACGUCAGUUAGCAGUUCCCAUUCUGUGGUGGAUAGUGACUCCGCCGCCUCUAUAAACCUUAACAUGGAGCAAAACAAUGUCAACUUUCAUGUUAAGAAGCAGUCCAAAUAUCCACACGUGCCUCCUGCUGCUGAGCAGAAAGAAUUUCUUUUGUCCGAGGAUGGAGUGCAGAACAUUGUCAUAACUGAUGCAUUCAUCAAAGAGUCUCUGUUCAACCGUCGUGUGGAGGAAAAGGCUAAAGAGAUGAUGUUCACCCCUCUGGGUUGGCACCACAGCUCUUUGGAUCAGCUCAGAGAGGAAAACGGGGAGAAGAAGGCCAUGGAGAGGCUGCUUUCAGCCAACCACAGCCACAUGAUGGCGCUGCUGCAGCAGCUGCUCUAUAGCGAGUCGCUAUCUCUGUCCUGGCGGGAUAUCAUCGUACCCGUGGUCCGGCAGGUCGUGCAGACGGUGCGGCCCGACGUUCGCAACUGCGAUGACGACAUGGACAUCCGGCAGCUGGUCCACAUCAAGAAGAUUCCUGGAGGCAAGAAGUUUGACUCAAUGGUCGUAAAUGGCUUUGUGUGCACAAAAAACAUCGCCCACAAGAAGAUGAACCCCUACAUCAAGAACCCCAGGAUCCUGAUGCUCAAGUGUUCCAUAGAGUACCUGUACAGAGAGGAGACCAAGUUUACCUCCAUUGACCCCAUCGUCCUACAAGAGCGAGAGUUUUUGAAGAACUAUGUGCAGCGCAUCGUGGAUGUCCGUCCAAACCUGGUGUUGGUGGAGAAGACGGUUUCUCGUAUUGCUCAAGACAUGCUGUUAGAGCAUGGCAUCACACUGGUCAUCAACGUCAAACCGCAAGUUUUGGACCGAGUGAGUCAUAUGACUCAGGGAGACCUGGUAAUGUCCAUGGACCAGCUCCUCACCAAACCUCGUCUGGGGACCUGCCACAAGUUCUACAUGCAGCCCUUUAUACUGGCAAACAGUGAGGUGAAGACAUUGAUGUUCUUUGAGGGCUGCCCUCCUCAUCUUGGAUGCUCCAUAAAACUGCGUGGUGCUUCAGAGUAUGAGCUGGCCAGGGUGAAGGAGAUCAUCAUGCUGAUGGUAUGCGUGGCCUACCACUCCCAGCUGGAGAUCUCGUUCCUCAUGGAUGAGUUCGCCAUGCCACCCAGCUUGGCACAAAGCACUUCGUUCCCCUAUCUGCUGGAAGGCGCCGCUGCUUCAGAGGAAGAGGAAGAUGGAGAGAGUCCAGGGAGCGAGAACAAUGAAGAGAGCCCAGGGAAAACUGCAGGAAGUGAAGAUUCUGCAUCUGCAGCACAGACUGAGGAUGAAGGGCUUCCCUUAGACUCUUCAUCUAAAAAUGGAGACCUAGAAGCUCUCCAAGACAAAUUGAACCCAAAAUCACCUACCCCAUCUGUCCGAAAGGAUGAGGCUCCUGCAGCGACGAGGACCUCCUCUCCAUUUUCCAACCCUCCUGCACCGCCCUUUUCUGUGUCCCCUCCAUUCCUCAUGGAAGAAGACCAAGAGAUGACAGGCUCCGACACGCUGAUCGCAGCAUCUGAUGGGGAUAUGGGGGGAGAGGCAACGCUGCUGAAGCAGGAGUCGUUAGGUUUAGAGGAUGGUGAUGGAUCAGAGACACCAACUCCUAAGUUGUUCAGAGACCCCCUGCAGGAUGACACGGGGAUGUUUGUCGCAGAGCAGGUGGCUUCAUCUGACGACCGCCUGAAGUCCAUCUCUGCAGUGUUCAAGCAGGAGCUCAAGGACGUCAUCCUGUGCAUUUCCCCCUUCAUCACAUUUAAAGAACCAUUCCUUCUCACACCAGCUGGCAUGCACUGCCCCAGCAGGGACUACUUUCCUGAGCAGGUCUACCUUUCUCCUCUCCUCAACAAGGACCUGAAGGAACUGGACGUGCGCAGAAAACGGCAGCUCCUUAAAGACUCAGCCCCCUCCUCACUGGUUGGAGGACAGACCAACGGCGUUGUGCAGGCGAGGCCCAUUGAGUUCCUGCCUUGUCACAGUCUGACCAGCACCCGCAUUGUAGAGCAGCUGAGCAAUAGUCAGAAUUUGGCCGAGAUGUUGGCAGACUACAGAGCAAAGGGGGGUCGCAUCCGGCAGAGAGAAACCCAUGACCCCUUCAACUCUGCCACAGCUGCUGCCAGUAGCCAGAGCCGGGGGGCUGAUAUACCAGGCAAACCAUCAGUGAAGAGCGAAGGAGAAGAGGAGAGGCCGAGCAAACAGAGCGAGAUGAACUGGGCCCCCAAGGUGAGCAACCUGGACUGCCUGAAUCCCAUCAACCAUCAGAGGUUGUGUGUGCUUUUCAGUAGUUCAUCUAUUCAGUCCAACAAUGCACCCAACCCCUGUGUCAGCCCAUGGAUUGUCACGAUGGAGUUUUAUGGCAAGAACGACCUCUCUCUGGGUGUUUUCCUGGAACGAUAUUGUUUCAGGCCAUCCUACCAGUGCCCCAGCAUGUUCUGUGAGACUCCCAUGGUGCAUCACGUCCGUCGGUUUGUGCACGGCAACGGCUGUGUGCAGAUUGUGUUGAAGGAGUUGGACUCCCCUGUGCCUGGUUAUCAGCACACAAUUCUCAACUACUCCUGGUGCCGAAUCUGCAAGCAGGUGACACCGGUGGUUCCUCUCUCCAAUGACUCGUGGUGUAUGUCUUUUGCCAAAUACCUGGAACUUCGCUUCUAUGGUCACCAGUACUCCAGACGGGCUAAUGCAGAGCCCUGCGGGCACUCCAUCCACAAAGACUACCACCAGUACUUCUCAUAUAACCAGAUGGUGGCUUCCUUCAGCUACACGUCUAUAAAGUUGUUGGAGAUUUGUCUUCCUUGGCCCAAGAUCUUCAUCAGGAACCUGGGACCAUCCAAAACCAACCUGCAGCAGGACCUGAAGGACUUCACUCAGAAAGUCACGCAGGUGUACUUGGCCAUCGAUGACCGCCUCACAUCCCUGAAAACUGAAACCUUCAGUAAGACACGUGAAGAAAAGAUGGAGGACAUUUUCGCUCAGAAAGAUAUGGAAGAGGCAGAGCUGCGGAGCUGGAUCGAAAAGCUUCAGGUUCGACUGCAGGUGUGCGGCUCAGAUUCUCCUCAGCAGCUGCAGGCUGUUCUCGAGUCGCUGGUGGUGAAGAAACAGAGUCUGUGCGAGAUGCUGCAGUCCUGGAACAGCAGACUUCAGGAUUUGUUCCAGCAGGAGAAAGGCAAGAAGCGCUUGUCUGUACCCCCCAGCCCAGGCAGACACAGGCCAAACACCACUGACGACAGCAAGAGUGCUGUGGAGUCCUCCCCUCGUAACCCAUCACCGGUGGUACAAAAUGGUGAGAAAGAGGACCGUCACCUCAGUACGCUGUCCUCCUCCACUGUUUCCUCUUUGCUGCCAUCACCAGGAGAUCCUGGAGCCGAGCCGGUCACACCUGUCCCCUCCUUUAUCGAGCAGGACUCUGUCAGCAUGUCAGAAGACGUCUUUGACGGACACCUGCUGGGCUCCACUGACAGCCAGGUGAAGGAAAAAUCCACCAUGAAAGCAAUCCUCGCCAACUUCCUCCCUGGAAACAGCUACAAUCCCAUCCCUUUCCCAUUUGAUCCAGAUAAGCACUACCUCAUGUACGAACAUGAGCGGGUUCCCAUCGCAGUGUGCGAGAGAGAGCCAAGCUCCAUCAUCGCCUUCGCCCUCAGCUGCAAGGAGUACAAAACAGCACUGGAUGAUCUGUCUAAGGUGUCGAACGCAGGAGGAGACGAGGCUUCACAGCCCAGCAGUGGUGGAGAGAGCCGGGUUAAGAGCAGCCCUGCCAGGCCCACCGAGACGACAGCAUCACAGCAGAGUCGCAGCAGCACAGACACAGAUUCUCUCAAAGAGGCCGACUCAGCAGAUAAGCAGAAGAAACAGGCCCUAAAUCCACACGUUGAGCUGCAGUUCUCCGAUGCCAACGCCAAGUUCUACUGUCGGGUCUACUACGCCAAGGAGUUUCACAAGAUGCGAGAGGAGAUCAUGGAGAGCAGUGAGGAGGAUUUCGUCCGCUCGCUGUCCCACUGCGUUAACUGGCAGGCUCGUGGGGGGAAAUCUGGAGCUGUGUUCUACGCAACAGAAGACGACCGCUUCAUCCUGAAGCAGAUGCCCAGACUGGAGGUCCAGUCCUUCCUGGACUUUGCACCCCACUACUUUACCUACAUCACAGGAGCUGUGCAGCAGAAACGGCCGACGGCGUUGGCGAAGAUCCUGGGUGUGUACAGGAUUGGCUACAAGAACUCUCAGAACAACACGGAGAAGAAGCUGGACCUCCUUGUUAUGGAAAACCUGUUUUAUGGACGCAAGAUGGCUCAGGUAUUCGACCUCAAAGGCUCGCUGAGAAACCGCAAUGUGAAGACAGAAUCGGGCAAGGAAAGCUGCGAGGUGGUCCUGCUGGACGAGAACUUGCUGAAGCUGAUCCACGACAACCCGCUCUACAUCCGCUCCCACUGCAAGUCCAUCUUACGAGCUGCCAUUCACAGCGACGCCUACUUCCUGUCUAGCCACCUCAUCAUCGACUACUCCCUGCUGGUUGGGCGGGACGACGCCACCGAGCAGCUGGUCGUUGGGAUUAUAGAUUACAUCAGGACAUUCACCUGGGACAAGAGACUGGAAAUGGUUGUUAAAUCCACUGGAAUCCUCGGAGGCCAAGGGAAGAUGCCCACUGUGGUUUCUCCGGAGCUGUACAGAGCUCGCUUCUGCGAAGCCAUGGACAAAUACUUCCUGAUGGUCCCUGACCACUGGACUGGUCUGGGAACUAACUGCUGAGACUGAGUACUGAUCAACAGAAACACAGCCGCUGUGCACAAAGCAGACUUUCCUGUAAACGCCUGGCUGAGAGCUAGAAGCACACUGGACCUUGUAAAUCUUUAAGAAUGGUGCAGGCUAAAUCCUGACAGACAGCAGUGUCAUUCCAGCAGAGCCAGCACUCUGCAUCCGUGGCAUUAUGAAAACAGUCUAGAACGUUCAGUUUUAUCCCAGUAUAAUCAGGUUCUAAUGACUAACCCUCUGGAUUCCUGUUAUUUUAUAAUUAGUGCCAUGAGUGGAGCCACUGACGGUAGUCGGUGUGGCAGUUUUAGUUUGUUAAAAAGACUCAUUCAUGUAAUUUAAAAUUUGUAAAUGUAAAGAGAUUAUGUAACUAUUAAAAGGUUCUUAUCAAUA